AUGGCUCCGGAUCUGAGAGCAUUGAGCAAGCAGGAGCGUUUUUGCUUCGACACGUUGAAUAAUGUGGCUAAAUUUAUUGGCGGCUACGAUGAAGCGCGGGAUAAGGGUGAGAUUGUUGGAUGGAUAGAUCGCUUGGAGGGAAUUUUUGAAAAGUUUCUGAAGAUUCGUCUUGAAAUAGACUUGCUGCAAGAUGACGAUUCAGCUACCGCAGACGAAGACGAAAAGGCUAGUCGUGCUUCACGUGAUAAAUUUGAUAAGACUUACGUGCAGCAAAGGGGAUUGGUUGAAUCGAUCGACAUUACCGAUGCAAAUUAUGUCAUUGCAUGGCAAGAUUUGACCAAACGCUUCGAUAAUAAAAAGUUAGUGGUGAAAACCUACUUGGAUGCGCUUCUUUCUGUGGAAUCGAUGAAGCGGGAAAGUUACGAGUCCCUUUCGCGACUAGUCGAUGACUUUGAACGUAAUCUGCAGAUGAUCGAGAAGAUGAAUAUCGAUACAAAGGGUUGGAGUGUCCUUCUUGCACACAUGGUGUGCUCUCGUCUCGAUACGUUGACACUAAAACAAUGGGAAAAUCAUCACAAAUCCACAGACGUACCCCAGUACCAACAGCUGAUCGAGUUCCUGCGUUCUCAUUGCAUCGUUCUCCAAUCAAUCGCUCCCGGGAAGCCGAAUUUUCCCGAACUCCCUCGAUCUGAACCCGGUCGAGUGCAGAAAUUCAAGACCAGCAGUGUACAUACCAUCGUCAGUUCAUCCUCAAAGCCUUUCAAAUGUGAUGCGUUCCGCAAGCUGCCCAUUUCUGAACGCUACGAUUUGGUGAAGAAAAGGUCUCUAUGCAUCAACUGCCUAUCCGCGGAUCACCAAGUUAGAAGCUGUUCGUCGGGUUCCUGUCGUGUUUGUGGUCAAAAGCACCAUACCAUGCUCCACCAUCAAGCUCCAAUUCGCAACCCUACGCAACCACAGCCAUCCAAACAAACCGCAAGCCAACCCACCACAACCCAAACUCAUUCUCAAAUCUCAAUAGCUCUAGCCAUGUCAUCAAACGCAAGUAAGACUUCCUCGCCAACACCUCUCGUCAACCAAUCCUGCCCCACUACCGGUUCGCUGAGUCAUUGUUCUACAUCCUCUGUGGACAACGUUCGCCUUAUUCCGUCAACCGUGCUAUUGCAGAAGGCGCUUGUGAAGGUCGUCGAUUCAUCCAAGAAUAUCCUGUGGGCCAGAGCAUUACUCGAUCCCGCUUCGCAGCUGAACAUCAUGUCCGAAGGUUUCGCUCAACGCUUACAAGUCCAAAGAAUCAAGGAGAAUCACAUCGUUGGUGGCAUCGGACAAUCGUCCGUCGCUUCCACCUACUCCCUCUUAGUAUACGUUCAGUCGCAUUGCUGCAGCUUCCGUACUCAACUAAAGUUCCACGUGUUAAAAUCUGUCACACGGGAGCUUCCAUCGAAUAGUAUCGAUGUGGCCGAAUGGAGCUGGCCCUCUAACGUAGUCUUAGCAGAUCCACAGUUCAACCAACCAGCAGCAGUGGACAUGAUUAUAGGAGUGGAUGCCUAUUACGAUCUUCUUCUCGAUGGACUCAUCCGACUGGGUCCCGGAAGACCUGUUUUGCAGAAUACCCUACUGGGUUGGGUCGUUUCCGGACGAGUUGGAGAUGGCCGACCAAAUCCAGAAAUUAUUAGCAUAGAAGAGUUGAGCUCAACCUGGAAGCGAAAUAACAUUCCUUAG